GUUUGUGUGCGGGUGAGGGUGACCCAGAAGAGGAGAAAGGAGUGGUGCCUCGCUUUGACCUCUGGCUGAAACCCCUACUACAUCUCAGCCUGACUACUCCACCCUUAACCUCUAGCCCAGGCCAACUUCAUAACCUUGACGCAAUCUAUGACCCCUGACCUCUGACCCCAAGCCAGAGCGUGCCCUCGCCCUCGAAGGACUGACUUGCAGCAUAGCCAAUAGUCUGAGAAGCUACGGUCGAAGACGCCCAAUAGCACGAAGAGGAGGCGGGCUCUGGGGAGAGCCAAUAGCUUGAGAGAACGAUUCGAGUAACAACCAGUGGCCUUGAGCAAGAGGCGGGAGUCUGAGGAGAGCCAAUCGCUGGAGGGACUCGGGUCCGGCUGUGCCAAUGGCUCGGGGGGGGCGUUGCCCUGACUCCGGCCGCUUCCACGACCCGGCCCCAGGGAUAUGGCCGGGAGUGGGCGACUGGCUCUGGGUACGCUUCCCAGGCAGGGCUGGGUGCGGGGCUCGGGACCGGCUGUGCUGAGCCGCCUGCGGGACGCGGCCGUGGUGCGGCCCGGCUUCCUGAGCGCGAACGAGGAGGAGACGCUGAGCCGUGAGCUGGAACCCGAGCUGCGCCGCCGACGAUACGAAUAUGAUCACUGGGAUGCGGCCAUCCAUGGCUUCCGCGAGACAGAGAAGUCGCGCUGGUCAGAAGCAAGCCGGGCCAUCCUACAGCGUGUGCAGGCGGCUGCCUUUGGCCCUGGCCAGACCCUGCUGUCCCCUGUGCACGUGCUGGACCUGGAACCUCGGGGCUACAUCAAACCACACGUGGACAGCAUCAAGUUCUGUGGGUCCACCAUUGCCGGCCUGUCUCUGCUGUCUUCCAGCGUCAUGCGGCUGGUGCACACCCAGGAACCAGGGGAGUGGCUGGAACUCUUGCUGGAGCCAGGCUCCCUCUACAUCCUUAGAGGCUCAGCCCGCUAUGACUUCUCCCACGAGAUCCUUCGAGAUGAAGAGUCCUUUUUCGGGGAGCAUCGGGUUCCCCGGGGCCGACGCAUCUCCGUGAUCUGCCGCUCCCUUCCUGAGAGGAUGGGGCCAGCAGAGCCCAGGCAGCCGCCCCCAGCCUGCUGACCCCUGGGCCCUUCUCCCAGCUUCUCAAGACACUGUGUUUGAGAAUAAAGUUAGAGGAUGGACAA